AUGAUGAAUCUCAGAAUUCUACAGUUUCUUUUGUCUGCGACAUGUACUUCCGCGUAUGUCAAUUUAGCUCUCGGGAAACCGGCCUGGCAGAAGAACAAUCAUCAAGGUAAAGAAAUAGAAUGGGGAGCAGAGAAGGCAGUGGAUGGACACUUUUCUGACCGCUCAGCAGGAGGAAAUCAGUGUACAAUAUCAGCAAAUGGAAAACAGACAGCGACAUGGAGAGUAGAUCUACAGAGAGUGGUCAGCGUCAGUUACAUCAACAUCUACUACAGGACUGAUAAUGCACCUAGUCCUGGUACCUACUACGGUCGAUUUGCUGGAUUUUCCCUCUACGUUUCUAAUACCACUCUUAAGGACGAUGGUUAUCUUUGUUUUCAUGAGAUACAAACAGUGGACGGUACACCAACAGAGAACCAGACAAUAAGCUGUCCUGUACAUGGACGAUACGUUAUAUACUACAACGAGAGGAGGCCGGAUGUGACGUACCCAAGUUACUACUCUCAAUAUGCAUACAUUGAAUUGUGUGAAUUGGAAGUUUAUGGUUGCUCCAAUCCACAGCUUUACGAAGAAGACUGUAAUGAAACAUGUCCUGAGAACUGCCAGGACGGGAGAUGUAACAUCACUACGGGAGACUGUCUGGGUUGUAUACCGGGAUAUAAAGGUCCUAAUUGUAGUCAAGCUUGUGAGGAACAAAUGUAUGGUCUUGAGUGCAUGUAUCCUUGUGGCAACUGUAGUGACGGAGAAUCCUGUCACCAUGUCAACGGCACAUGUCCCAGAGGUUGUAUUGAGGGGGUGGAGGGCACAACAUGUCAAAAUGCAUGCCAGUCAGGUUACUAUGGUAAGAACUGCAGUCAAGAAUGCAGUAUUAACUGUGGAGUGACCAGCAGAUGUAACAGGUUUACUGGGAAGUGUGACGAAGGUUGCAAGCAGGGAUGGAGGGAGGACCUAUGUGAUAAAAAAUGUGACAAUGGAACCUACGGAAUGAAUUGUACCAAACUAUGUGGAGAUUGUCGGAAUGAUACACAGUGCCAUCAUGUUAACGGUUGGUGUCUAGAAGGGUGUUCUGAAGGAUACAAGGGAUCUCGUUGUGACCGGAAAUGUGACGACGGAAUGUACGGUCAACGUGAUAAUUGUACUCAAAUCUGUGGCAGCUGUCUUUAUGACUCACAGUGUGACGAUAUCAACGGUACAUGUUCUGACGGGUGCUCUGUUGGAUACAAGGAGCCUCUCUGUAUAGAAUGUGACGAUGGGAUGUACGGAGAAAACUGCACCCAGACCUGUGGUCACUGUUAUAAUAAAACACAGUGUCACCCUGUCAAUGGAAGCUGUUUUGAGGGAUGUUCUGCGGGUUACACGGGGUCACGAUGUGACAAAGUGUGUACUGAAAUGAGUCCGGAGUCCAGAUCGUGUUCGAAAUCUUCUGAGACAGCAUCGUCGAUUCCUGUAAUUGCUGGAGUAAUUACCGCUGUUGUCUUCUUUCUGAUCAUAUUUGCAGCCAUCUUAGUAAGACGAUCGCGAGAUUCGAAAAGAAAUAACGAGAAAAAAAAGAUACGAAGCGCAGAAAGUGCUUCAAGAGCAGAAAAAACGACUUUCACGAAUAUUUUUUAUAACAUGGAUGAAGAUGAAGAAUUCUCAAAGAAAAGUGGAUCUCGACAUACACAUAGAAAAGACAAUCAGAGUUAUGAACUAUACAAAGAAACGAAUGAGCGGGAAGAUGAGAUCGACAAUGAUGAAAAUAUGCAUAAAGAAAACCCAUACGGAGAUCUCUCUAUGAAUGAAGAAAAGAUUCCAGAUAUUGAUAUAGAAAACUUGGAGAAGGUUAUAAAGGAAAAACGGAAAAAUGAAGAUGAUGGCUUUAAAAGGGAGUAUGCGACAAUGCCAUACGGUGAAAAAUACCCUUGUAACGCUGGAAAACAACCAGAAAACAUACUUAAGAACAGAUAUAAGAACACGUUGCCAUACGACCAUUCCAGAAUCAAAUUGUUGAACAGCCAAUCAGACUAUAUCAACGCUAAUUUUAUUGACGGCAUCAGUAAUUCGAAUGAAUAUAUUGCCACACAAGGACCACGUAAGAAUACGGUGACAGAUUUCUGGUCCAUGAUUUGGCAAGAGAAUGCCCACCAAAUAGUUACACUCACAAACCUCAAAGAAGGAAAACAGUCAAAAUGUGUCAGAUACUGGCCAGAUUUACAUCAAACUAGUACAUUUGGUGUGAUCUCCCUCAGCUUGGACGAAGAGGAAAGCUAUGCAAAUUAUAAAAUCAGAAAAUUUAGUGUAACUAACAAAGGGACAUCUCGAAUUGUAACACAGUACCACUAUACCGCCUGGCCGGACCAUGGCAUACCGGAACCGCUCUGUCUUGUACUUUUCCAUGAUCACGUGACAAGGACAAUUGAUCAACAAAAUAGUGGUCCAAUUUUAGUACACUGCAGUGCAGGGAUAGGGCCUACAGGUACAUAUAUCGCUAUAGACGCUUUAUAUAAGGCGGGCAAAACAAACAAGAAAAUCAACAUUGCCGAAUACGUGAAGAAAAUGAGAGAAAACAGAAUGAAUAUGGUUCAGACAUAUGAGCAGUAUAUGACUAUAUUUCUGGCACUUGAUACCAUGUUCAAAGCUCCAACAUGUGUACUAUCCAAAGCUGAAUUCUUAAGGAAAGCAGAGUUAAUGACGCGAGAUAAACAAUCCAAUAAGAGUCAAUUAACAAAAGAAUUUCAGACUCUUGUAAGAGUACGGCCGUCCUACACAGAAGAGGAUUAUAAGCUUGCUGUGGAGAGCGGGGAUAACAAAUCGGUUCUUCCACUUGACAAGUACAGUAUGUUCCUGUCUCCAAGUGUAACAAAGCGUGGAAAUUACAUCAAUGCCGUUUCUAUUCCUUCUUACCUCAACGUCGGAGCCUUCAUAAUAACACACUAUCCACCGCCAGAAGACGCUGUGGAUUUCCUGCGCCUGCUCACUGAUCACGAAUCAAAUGUAGUGAUUUGUAUGGAUCCUGUGAGAGAUGUUGAAUCAACAAGUAAGUGGAUGCCAUCUGCCAAUAAUUCAAAAUCCGUACCUCCAUUCACCAUUAUCUGCGAGCAUGAGCAGGUCUCCGAAAUGAAAUGUACCACAUUCACCAUUUAUCAGAAUGGGGAAAACAGUCAAAGACAUUCAAUGUCGAUUAUAGAGCCAAAGGGAAGCUUGAAAAAUAAAGACCAUUCUCAGGUUGCAGCGGAGAUGUUACGUUUGGUUGUAUUUGCUUUACAGAGUAAAACAGAUGUCCCCAUUACAGUAGUCAGCAGUGACGGAGCAGUGCUUUGUGGUGUAUUUUGUGCUGUAUAUAACACACUACAACAGUUGUCUAUGGAUAUUAACAUUUUUAUUAUCAGUGACGGAGCAGUGCUUUGUGGUGUAUUCUGUGCUGUAUAUAACACACUACAACAGUUGUCUAUGGACGGAGAGGUGGACAUCUUCUCUGCUGUCCGUCAGUUACAGAUAAGACGUCCAGAACUGUGCCCCACAAUGGAGGAGUACAUAUUGAUUCACGAUGCUGUGUAUGAAUACAUCCGGUCACAAGAAGACUCCACUGAGGAAAAUACUUACACCAACCUGUGA